AUGGUUGCUUGUGUGGCUGUACUUUCUCUUAUGAGGACACUAGAGCUUGAGUUCUUUCAACCUCGGCCUCGUCCAAUCCUACAAGAAUUGGAACUCCUCAUCCCUUUCAACAAAGACUUGAUCCAAUCUCUCCACCAAAGCCUUAGAUUUCUGAUGGAACCCUUUGAUGAGAACAGAAUAGAUGGAACAGCACAGAGGGAAUCUUCUUGUCAUUCUUCCAAGCUUCGUCGCAUUCUGCAACAAGCAGUAGAAGAAAUUGACGGUAUCAAGGAAGGGUGGGUGAAAAUCAAGAACGAGGACAAGCUGCUGCGAGGAAGAAAGGCUGCAGAUUCUUCCCAACCUCCUGCAUCAUCAGACUCCGACAACAAAAUGGUCGGUAAAGACAAGGAGUUUGAGAUUAUAAAGGAGAUGCUAAUCCGACAUUCAUCAGCAAAUCGAGAAGUUGUCUUGAUUAAAGGCAUGGGAGGCAUUGGCAAGACAACAUUAGCUAGACAACUUUAUAGAGAUCGGGAGAUUGCAUCACACUUUGACACGCAAACAUGGUGUGUUGCAUCUCAACAUCAUAAUAAGAAACAAAUGCUCCUAGCUCUUCUUAAUUCAACGGGCUAUUCAGAAAGCUCCUAUGAGGACCUUGAGUCAAAGCUCUACCAACGUUUGAAGAAGCAAAGGUACUUGGUUGUGAUUGAUGAUGUUUGGAGUAAUUGGGCAUGGAAUGAUGUCCAAAGUUGCUUUCCUGAUGAUGGAUGUGGUAGUCGAGUAUUAAUAACUACUCAUCUUGAAGAGGUGGCUAGCUCUACUUGCUCUAACAAAGAGUCGUUUUAUCAUAAAAUGAGCUUCUUAAAUCAAAGUGAGAGUUGGGAGCUGUUUCGUAAAAAAGCAUACAAAGUUGGUGAUGAUAAAUUUGAGAUGAUUGGUAAACAAAUUGUCGAGAAAUGCGAUGGAUUACCUUUGGCAAUAGUUAUGGUUGCAGGUUUACUUUCCAAACUCAACACAGUGGAUCACUGGAAGGAUAUUGCAGAAUCUCUAAACUCAUUUGCAACAAUUAUUGAUGACGAAUGCUCAACAAUACUCUCAUUCAGUUACAAUCACUUGUCUCCCAACUUAAAAGCUUGAUUUCUAUAUUUGGGAGUUUUUUCAGAAGAUUAUGAAAUCAACACCAAUGAUCUAGCAAAGUUAUGGGCUGCUGAAGGGCUUGU